AUGCAGCAGGAGGAUCGCCCAGGAGAGCGUGCGCGGGGUGGUGGUGGUGGAGCGGCGGCGAAGAUGACGGCGCCGCGCGGUGGCGGGGACGAGCCGCCGCCGUCGUCGGCUGCGGUGGGGCACGCCGCGGGGAACGAGCCGGUGACGCUGACGUCCGCGCUCGGGUCGGGGCUCAACCGCCGCGGGUCGAGGGGUGCGGGCAUGGCCACCUUCUCGAUGGAGGUCUUCGACAACGAAGUCGUCCCAUCCACGCUCAACAGCAUCGCGCCCAUCCUGCGUGUCGCGGCCGAGAUCGAGCACGAGCGCCCCCGGUUUCGCUGUGAAAUUAGGUCGUUCUAUGCCUUCGAGAAGGCGCACCGGCUGGAUCAAAACUCCAUCGGCCGUGGCGUUAGGCAGUUCAAGACAGCUCUGCUCCAACGUCUUGAGAAGGAUAAUAGCCCUAGUCUUGCUAAGCGUGUGAAGAAAAGCGAUGCUCGCGAGAUCGAGAGUUUUUACCAACAGUACUACGAGAACUAUGCUCGUGCACUUGACAAAGGGGUACAAGCUGACAGGGCUCAACUUGGGAAGGCCUACCAGACCGCUGGAGUUCUCUUCGAGGUACUCUGCGCCGUCAAUAAAAAUGAGAAAGUUGAGGAGCUCAAUCCUGAGAUUAUUCGCUUGCACAAGGAUGUGCAAGAGAAGAAAGACAUCUACACACCAUUCAAUAUCCUCCCCCUUGAUGCUGCCAGUGCAUCCCAGUCCAUCAUGCAGCUGGAGGAGCGAGAUAGUGUGCGGAAUCAAAGAGAGCAUUUGAUUCUCCUCCUUGCUAAUGUCCACAUUAGGCUGGAGCCAAAGCCCGAUCCACUCAGCAAGCUUGAUGACCGAGCUGUUGAUGUGGUGAUGACUAAGCUAUUCAACAAUUACAGGAAGUGGUGCAAAUUUUUGUCACGGAAGCAUAGUUUAAGAUUUCUUCAAGGCGCACAACCACAGGAAAUUCAGCAGCGGAAGAUUCUAUACCUAGGUCUUUAUCUUCUUAUAUGGGGUGAAGCAGCAAAUAUCAGAUUUAUGCCGGAGUGUCUUUGCUACAUCUUCCAUAAUAUGGCAUAUGAGCUGCAUGGUCUGCUAGCUGGAAACGUUAGUAUUGUGACCGGGGAGAAUAUCAGGCCAUCUUAUGGUGGGGAUGAGGAGGCAUUCUUGAAGAAAGUGGUUACACCUUUCUAUAGAGUCAUCAGAAAGGAGGCAGGCAAAUCACAACAUGGGAAGACACCACAUUCUGCGUGGUCUAACUAUGAUGAUCUAAAUGAGUACUUCUGUCUUCUCUCUUGGGAUGCUUAUUCUCCUCUGUUCAAUUCAAAGAUUCAACCUCUGAUAAAGCCAACAAAGGACGUAAUGGGUGUGCAUAAUAUUCGUUAUGAGUGGCAUGAAUUUUUUCCAAAUGCAUCCUAUAAUAUUGGUGCCAUCAUGUCGCUCUGGGCUCCUGUUCUACUGGGUUCCGAGGUUGCACCUACCAUCAUUGUUGGUCCGCAGCCCGAAGGGUCCAUCAGAGAUGAAGAUGCUGCUCUUGUGCUGCUGGCUGUUAAUGUUUUGCAUCCUGACGGGGCCACAAAUGAGGAAGAUACAGCUACUAUGGCGUCUCCCGCGCCCAGUCCCGAGGAAGAUAGAGUUAUUGAGCUUCAAAGCGCUUUGGCUGAUGGAGUUGAUUCUGUGGCGUCUCCAGCGCCCGAUCCCAAGGAAGAUAGACUUCUCCAUCCAUCCCCAGCUGACAGUCAAGACACGCCUGUUCGGCCUCAAGUCCUGACGGUGGCACCGCACACGUCCUCUGCUGACGGCUCCAGGGCCGGGGCGCUGCGAGUGUACUCUCGCUUGCGCUUCCGUACUAGGCCCCCCUCUACCUCCGCACACUUCAGGGAAGUGGACGCGGCUGCUCCUUCAACUCCGGUGCUCCCCCAACUUGAAAGAGCUUGCAAGCCAACAGAUAGCCUCCUACCGCUGCCUGUUAUUCACAUGAGGCGCGUCAAAGCUGUGGCUCCGGGUUCUUUACCUCGACGAAGCAGAAGGGUGGCUGGAGUUGACCCGUGUUCUCCAGGACUAGUCACCACCGAAGCACAAAGGAGGGUUAUGAGGAGUCUAGGUUUUGCGUGCAAAGAAAAAAUUGAUCUCAAGACUCAAGAUGCCUACUUCAAGAUUAUGGGGAGCCAACUCAAUGAGAGCCAUGUGGCUGCCAUGGCGGCUAUCUUCGGCUGGAACAUCGAAGAGGACGCUCAGAGAAUUUUCCUCUCAGUUUUUGGCACUGCUUAUGACAAGUAUGUGGAACUGCCAGCUGAUGGUACGAGGGGAGGGAUCUUGAUUGCCUGGAAAAGCAAUAUUUGUCAGAUCCUAGCUUCCAGAGUGGAUAAUUAUUCUAUCUCAGUUCAAUUUGAGGAACAAGAAGGUCGCAAUUGGUGGUUUACAGGAGUCUAUGGUCCUCAAGAUGAUGUUGAUAAGAUAGCAUUCUUGCAAGAGCUUCGUGAUGUGCGAGCUUUAUGUUUGGGCGCAUGGCUGAUAGCGGGGGACUUCAACUUAAUAUACCAAGCUUCUGAUAAAAACAAUACCAAUUUGGAUCGAGCAAUGAUGGGUCGGUUCAGGCGCUUCCUUGAUGAUGUUGAGGCUAAAGAAAUUCCUCUGUUAGGAAGGAAAUACACAUGGUCUAAUGAAAGAUCUUCUCCCACCCUCGUGAGGCUUGAUAGAGCUUUCUGCUGUGUUGUUUGGGAGGAUAUCUUCCCUGAUGCCGUCCUACAGAGCAGCGCCUCGGUUGUGUCUGAUCAUUGCCCACUGGUUUUGGGUUUGAAGAGACUUAGCCGAGACCUUCAGAAAUGGGGCCAACGGAAAAUUGGUAAUGUCAAGCUUCAGCUAGGGACAGCCAAGGAAAUUCUGCACCAUCUUGAGAUUGCUAGGGAUUCCAGGGAUCUUUCUCCAAGUGAGGAAUGGCUGAGGAAGAAACUUAAGCUUCACUGUUUGGGAUUGGCUUCUCUUGAACGUACUAUUGCACGCCUCCGUUCUAGAGUUCUGUACUUGAAGGAAGAUGAAUGGAACAAUUUCAUGGAAAGAAUUAAUUGCAAAAGAGAAAGUGAAGUAUGGGGAAACGAGGAAAAUGUCCUACAACUUUGUCAUUGGGCUUCUGUUAGAGGGCAGACACUCUGUAGAACAGUUAGAGGCAUGAUGUACUAUAGGAGGGCUUUGAAGCUUCAAGCGUUCCUUGACAUGGCUUCUGAAUCUGAGAUAUUGGAAGGGUAUAAAGCAGUUGCAGAUCCAGCAGAGGAGGAGAAGAAAAGCCAAAGAUCUUUGUCCUCUCAACUCGAGGCUGUAGCAGACAUGAAAUUUACAUAUGUUGCUACUUGCCAGAUAUAUGGAAAUCAGAAACAAUCUGGUGAUCGACGUGCAACAGAUAUCUUGAACUUGAUGGUGAAUUACCCUGGUCUGCGUGUGUCAUACAUUGAUGAAGUAGAAGAGAGAGAAGGUGACAAGGUGCAGAAGGUCUUUUAUUCAGUUCUAGUAAAAGCUCUCGACAAUCAUGAUCAGGAAAUAUACCGUAUAAAAUUGCCAGGACCAGCAAAAUUAGGUGAAGGCAAACCAGAAAAUCAAAAUCAUGCAAUCAUUUUUACACGGGAUGAAGCACUCCAAACUAUCGAUAUGAAUCAGGACAACUAUUUGGAGGAGGCUUUGAAAAUGCGAAAUUUGCUGGAAGAGUUUAAUGAAAACCAUGGUGUCCGUCAAUCCACGAUUCUCGGAGUGCGUGAGCGUAUAUUUACUGGAAGUGUCUUGUCACUUGCAUGGUUUAUGUGCAACCAGGAAACCAGCUUUGUGACAAUAGGACAGAGGGUCCUCGCUAAUCCAUUGAAGGAUUUUCACAUUACAAGAGGAGGCAUCAGCAAGGCUUCCUGUGGUAUAAAUUUAAGUGAAGACAUUUUUGCUGGUUUCAAGUCGACUCUAAGAAGAGGAAAUGUCACCCAUCAUGAGUACAUCCAAGUGGGAAAAGGGCGUGAUGUAGGUCUCAAUCAAAUUUCUCUCUUUGAGGCCAAAGUGGCUUGCAGAAAUGGGGAGCAGGUACUCAGCAGAGAUAUCUACAAGCUUGGUCAUCGAUUUGACUUCUUCUGGAUGCUUUCGUGCUAUUUUACAACUGUUGGGUUUUAUAUUAGCUCAAUGAUGGUUGUGAUAAUAGUUUAUGUUUUCUUGUACGGAAGACUGUACUUAGCAUUAAGUGGACUGGAGUUUGCAAUUAUGAAACAAGCACGGAUGAGAGGGAACCGUGCACUUCAAGCCGCUAUGGGAUCUCAGUCUAUUGUGCAGCUAGGUCUUUUGAUGGCAUUGCCAAUGUUUAUGGAGAUUGGGCUAGAAAGAGGUUUCAGAAGUGCCCUAGGGGAUCUCAUAAUCAUGCAACUUCAGCUUUGUUCAGUGUUCUUCACUUUCUCCCUUAGUCCCUUGGGACCAAGUCACAUUAUUUUGGCCGCACAAUUCUCCAUGGCGGUGCAAAAUAUAGGGCAACCGGCAGAGGCUUUGUUGUUCGCCAUCGGUCGAGGUGGCAUUGGGGUUCCUGCUAACAAGGCUUGGGAAUCCUGGUGGGAAGAGGAGCAGGAACAUUUACAGUCCACAGGUCUACUGGGCCGUUUCUGGGAAAUCAUACUAUCUCUCAGAUUCUUCAUAUUCCAAUAUGGUAUCAUGUACCACCUGAAUAUAUCUGCUGGCAACAAAAGCAUCUCUGUUUAUGGUCUUUCUUGGCUGGUUAUUGUUGCUGUGGUGAUGGUCCUAAAGGUGGUAUCCAUGGGUAGGAAGAAAUUUAGUGCGGAUUUCCAGCUUAUGUUCUGGCUUCUCAAAUUGUUCUUGUUCAUCGGAUCUGUUGGAACACUGGCUGUUCUUUUCACUGUUCUGCAUCUUACAGUCGGUGACAUAUUCGCAAGCUUCCUUGCAUUUGCACCCACAGGAUGGGCCAUUCUGCAGAUAUCUCAAGCAAGUAAACCGGUGAUCAAGGCACGUGGGCUGUGGGGAUCUGUGAAGGCCCUCUCGAGGGGGUACGAAUACCUGAUGGGGAUCGUCAUCUUCGUCCCGUUGGCGGUGCUGGCAUGGUUCCCAUUUGUCUCGGAGUUCCAGACGAGAUUGCUCUUUAAUCAGGCAUUUAGCCGAGGGCUUCAAAUCUCUCGGAUCUUGGCUGGCGGCAAGAAACAAAGAUGA